AUGACACGCAGAAGUGCCGCUAUCCCUGACCUAGUCGGUCAGGCUAUAGACGAUGGCCGUCUCCAGAUCACGUCUACUCUCGGCGCGGGAUCCAACGGCGUCGUCUUUCUCGCGACCGACACCACCUCCUCGCCAGUGUGUCCCACCCAAUACGCCUUGAAAUGUAUCUUGAAGGCGAAGGAGGGGACUCGGCGUUAUCAUAUCCAGAAACAAGAGAUCGCCAACCACCUGAAGGCGUCGUGCCACCCGAACGUGCUGACGCUGCACCGGGUAGUCGAAGAUGGCGUGUUCCUUUUCUUGGUUAUGGACUAUUGUUCAGGUGGCGAUCUGUUUCAGUUCCUCUUCGACCAUCGUGUCCGGCGUGGAGACGAUGCGAUGGUGAAGAAGCUCAUGCUUCAGAUCAUCGACGCUGUAGACGCAUGUCAUCAGUUAGGCAUAUACCAUCGAGACGUCAAGCCGGAAAAUCUACUCUGCAGUGAAGACGGCUCGCGAAUCUUCCUUUGCGACUUCGGCCUGUCCACCCGACGACCAUACAGCACGACUUUCGGUGCAGGUAGCUCCUAUUACAUGAGUCCUGAAUGCAUGAACGUCGACGGCCUGGGACGGCCAUAUUCUAGUCGCGCCAACGACAUAUGGGCGCUCGGCGUCAUCCUCACCGCCAUGAUCUCCGGUCAUAAUCCCUGGCGGCGCGCCGUGUACGGCGACGCAUGUUAUCGCGCCUAUGUCCACGACCCAGAAUUCCUGCUCAGAACGUUGCCCAUAUCGGUCGGCACCAACGACAUCCUCAGAAGCAUUUUCACCACCGACGCGAGCCGCAUAGAACUUCCCUUCCUCCGUCUCAUGAUCCUACAAACCGAGACAUUCUACGCCCGGAUACCAUCGAAAUCACCAUCCCAAAGACGGCAUCGUGCAGACGCGGAUUGGAGAAUACGGUUCUGGAGAGUAGGAAGGAGUUCGGUGGCGGACGCCUCAGGCAAAAUGCCCCCGCAUACAGCGUCCAUGCCCAGUCUCGGGCACGCCAACGGCUAUCCCAGACACGACUCUUUGCAUACAACGCCCACCGAAAUCGAUAGCGGUGGACCGACAACACCAGACCCCACACGCGAAAAUCUGUACGAUAUGCCAGAGUGUCUCGAUGUAGGGGGUAGAACACAGUUCUUCGCUCCGCUCGAUACCUCCUAUGAUAGCAGAAGGGCACAAGCCAAGUCGCACGGAGGCAUCUUUCGGCGUAUGGCUGGUAGACUAUCCCUAUUUUGAUACUGCAUGGCUUUGUUGUUAUCCCACCAAAUAUAGAAAGAUAUCUACGC